GUUUGAAUUGUGCGAAAAUUAGUUGACAAGCACGAUGGCCUCGUCUUACACCCAGGCUGCGCUGGUCUCACAGACGACAGCAAAUGCACAGGCUUCGCAGCAGCCUGCUCCUCCACCUCCUGUCACUGUUCUAGAAAAAAUCCCUCCGUCUAUGGCUAAGUAUAUGGACGUUGAAGCUGAAAUCCCUGUCACAAAAGUCCAAGUCGAUGGCAUGGUUCUUAUGAAGAUUAUAAAGCAUGGCAAGGAAGCAUCAGGAAAUGCUGCUGGUUUACUUCUUGGCCUAGACCUUGAUGGUACACUCGAAAUUUCGAAUUCAUUCCCUCUCCCGCUUUCUUCUGAAGGAGAAGACAAGGUUCUGAGGACAUCAGGUGGUCGUUACGAGUCCACUUUGCUGCGAAUGCUCAAAGAAGCUCAAUAUGACGACAGCAUCGUCGGAUUCUAUCAAUCUAUACCUCUGGGCGCGUUUCUGCGUCAGUCCCUCAUCUCGACUCAAGCAUCCCAUCAUGACACACUUCGGCAAGGUGGAAUCGCCCUGGUACAUGACUCCGCUUUUGCAUCACGAGGAAGCGCAUCCUUGAAGGCCUUUCGACUUACAAAAUCAUUCCUCGCUGCCCACAAAGUCGGGACCUUCAAUUCCCAAAGCCUCAUUGACCAUAAGCUUACCUUUGCGAGCGUACUCGAGGAAUUGCCCUUGUCAAUCCGCAGUUCUCCGCUCUUGACAGCGUUCCUCUCGUCUCUUGCGUCGGAAGCAUCUCAAUCGGUCACCCCGUCUAUUAUAUCGCCAUCAAUAUCGACCAAAGCACCAAGCUUGCUCCCCAGCUUCGAACACAUGGAUAACCUCGCGCCAGGAACACUCGCCAAACCCAUGGAAGCACUACUCGACACUCUUGACGCCUACAAAACGGAGGAAAAUAAUGUAUCCUUUCAUAUUCGGCAGAUUGCUCGUGAGAAAGCUCGUCAGGAAGCCUACAUCGCGAAGCGAAAAGAGGAGAAUGAUCUCCGUAUUGAGGAAGGAUUGCCUCCCUUGCCUGAGGAGGAUAUGUCUCGUUUGUUCAAGUUCCCACCGGACCCAAAUCGCCUCGAAGUGAUGUUACUACUCGGGCAAGUUGAUGGAUAUGCACGAAGUCUUGAGGAUGUUAGUGCCAGUGCCAUGUUAAAACUGUAUGCUGCUCAGCCAUAGACAUGACACAACACUGUGUGCAUAUUUCAGCCUCUAUCCUCUUGGAAAGACUGUGAGGAGGAUCGCGUAAACGUCCUCUUCGGCCAUCCGUAAUCAC